CUGGAAUCCAUCGUAUAAAAGCUCAAAUCCAAACCCUAAAAUACCACCGCCGUUCUCAUCUCUCUUCCCAGCCCUCACCUCAACGCUGCAUCUUCACGUCGUCUCACGGUUUCAGUACUUAUUCACUCGAUCCCCUUUAAAGUUCAAUUAACGUCGUGUUAAAUCGCAUAAGCAUCUUGGUGUUGAUGCAGAGGUGCAUAUAGUAGAGAGGGAAAAUGAGUCGAGGAGGCGCAGUAGCAGCAGCGAAGGGAAAGAAGAAGGGUGCUACAUUCACCAUUGACUGUGCAAAGCCAGUGGAAGAUAAGAUCAUGGACAUUGCUUCUCUCGAAAAGUUUCUUCAAGAGAGGAUCAAGGUUGGUGGCAAAGCUGGUGCUCUUGGUGACAGUAUCACUGUUACCCGCGAGAAGACCAAGAUCAUUGUCACCUCUGACAGUAACUUUUCCAAACGGUAUUUGAAGUACUUGACGAAGAAGUACUUGAAGAAACACAAUGUGCGAGACUGGCUCAGAGUGAUUGCUUCAAACAAGGAUAGAAGUGUUUACGAACUGAGGUACUUCAACAUUGCCGAGAAUGAGGGAGAGGAAGAAGAUUAGUUGUCUGAUAAUCCUAUUUGCUUGUGUUUUGUUUACCCUUUUCCUAUACCUAGCUUUCUUUUUGGCAAAUAUUGCUUGAGAUACGAUGCUUUGUUUUUAUCAGUUGCAAUUUAACGGUUUUGAUCAUUUAAGAAUUGCGGUACUAUCGGUGUUGAAUUGGGAACAGAGUUUACAUAUUAUUCAUUGCUGUUUCAGUCUUUAAAAUUGUAUCAUGUUUCUUUCAACAAUCUCGAAUAAUUUACCUUUGCCUA